AAUAUUUAAAUUAAUGUAAGCUGCUCCAAAUUCUGAUUAUUGGAAAAACUUAAAAUUCAAAAAAAAAAAAGUUACUCAAUCUUUGGCAAAAAUGGGGGACAAAUGUGAAAAGAAUAUGCACAAGAAUGUUUGCGAUCUAAAAGCCAUGGUUAAAGCACAAAAUAAGCGGAUCGAUGAGCUCAUCAGGUUUAUCAAGGAAGGCAGCCAAACCGAUAUUCCGCAGGAAUUGAAGUCGUGCACAUGUAACUUGAACCCGUAUCUUGAGUGCCUCAAUCCGGAUAUCCUCCACCAUCUGAACUUGGAUACCAAGACAAUCGACUUUCCAAAGGUCUUUGGUGAUGUGCGCUUCGUGUGCCUGGGCGGCUCGGAUGCCCGUAUGGAGAAGUUUGCCAAUUUCAUCAUAGGUGAGAUUGGACUCAAGCUGAGCAUAGCGGUCCACCUGAGAAAUAUUUCCGCGGACGGCCACCGAUACGCGCUCUUCAAGGUGGGUCCUGUGCUGUGCGCUAGCCACGGCAUCGGCGGCCCCUCCAUCAGCAUAGUGUUGCACGAGCUGAUCAAGCUUGUGCACCAUGCCAAGUGCCAGGAUCCAGUCUUCUUUCGCAUGGGCACCUGCGGAGGCAUCGGCGUCGAGCCCGGAACCCUGGUGAUCACAUCGCAACCACUGGAUGGCCAAUUGCGGCCCGUAUACGAGGUGGUCGUGCACACACAGCCGCAGCUGCGGCCAGCCCUACUGGACCAGGCCUUGGCCAAGGAACUUAUAGCGCUCUCCAAUCCCUGUGAAGAUGGCUAUGAUACCGUACUGGGAAAGACACUCUGCGCCAAUGACUUCUACGAGGGGCAAUCACGGCUGGACGGUGCCUUUUGCGGAUACAAUCCACAAAAGAAGAUGUGCUUUCUGCAGCAAAUCUCCCAAAUGGGCAUCGUCAACAUGGAAAUGGAGAGCACCGCCUUCGCAGCUCUCACAAACCAAGCGGGAAUACGGGCCGCCGUGAUUUGUGUGGCCAUCAUUAAUCGCAUGGAAGGCGACCAGAUUAAUUCGCCAGCAAGCGUCCUAAAGGAUUUCGACCAGAGGGCACAAAACCUAAUUGCCCGCUAUAUGCGAAAGGUUCUCUUCAAAUGUGACGAAGAUGACAUAGAGACCUGCCAGUGUGAUGAUGCCCCUGGAUGUCACUGAUAUGACUAUUAGAUCACUUGUUUCUAUAUAUUGUCCUUAA